GCGAAGUGCAAGAUAAUCGACUGUGCUGGAUAUCAAGUGCUGUUGAUAAUAUAAUUCAAUUGGUGUUCUACUCUCUAUCGGAAUCUUAGGACAGACAAGAACAGAACAGGGAAAGAUGGGCGCAAACAGCUCGCAACUCAUGGAGUCAAUCGUCUCCAACACCAACUUCUCCCACGAAGAAGUCGACCGCCUCCGCAAGCGGUUCAUGAAGAUUGACAAAAACAACUCCGGCACAAUCGAGUCCCAGGAAUUUCUUGCGAUCCCCGCGAUUGCAACAAACCCGCUCGCGUCGCGGCUCAUUGCGAUCUUUGACGAGGACGGCGGCGGAGAUGUCGAUUUCAAGGAGUUCCUCGCGGGAUUAUCUGCGUUCUCGAGUCGUGGCGAGCAGGACGAGAAAUUGCGGUUCGCGUUCAAUGUCUACGAUAUCGAUCGGGACGGGUUCAUCUCGAACGGCGAGCUGUUCAUCGUGAUGAAGAUGAUGGUGGGGAAUAAUCUCAAGGACCAGCAGUUGCAGCAGAUCGUCGACAAGACAAUCAUGGAGGCGGACAAGGACGGCGACGGCAAGAUCAGCUACCGCGAGUUUGUGGAUAUGGUUGCAAACACCGAUAUCGCGCAGAAGAUGACGCUCGACAUGUUUUAGGAUGAUAGAUCAAGAGCAGGAGAUGUACGAUACGAAUAGUUAGCAGAGCGGGCGGGCCGGCAAGGGGCAUUAUGAAUUAAACGAGUUACAGUAUUAUAUAAGAAGGACAAUCGAGGCAAGACAAAGAAUAAUUCUAAGGAGAGGAGAUUAUAAAGCAUAGAUACACCACCAAAUAAAGACGUAUAGCACAGGUACAAAAACAUAGAGAUACAGGGGAAGGAAUGAAGGAUGAAAAGGAGUACUAGUAAAAUACACGAUGCGAGGUCCAGCAAGAUUAUUCGGGGAUGCUAUUUAACAAAGUCAUGAUCCCUGUGAGAUAAAAACAGUUAGUUAUAGCAGUACAAGUCUAUGAAAAGUGUCAGAACAUACACUCUAUAAUCCGAUCCUCCCA